AUGGAGAGAAGGAAGACCACCACAGAGCCCAAGCUCUACGCAACAUUGGACGACCACUACAAGAUGAUGUUUGGAAUCGACGAUUCGGAAGAGGAGGUGGAGCAGCGUCCACAGCCGAGCAGGCCUGUCAGCUGGCACCCUUCAUCAAACCAAUGGUUCGCACCACGCUCGUCAGCCUAUGUAGCAUCUCCCCAACAGCAGGAAUGGUCAUGGAACACACCGUCAAGAAACUCUGACCAUGGGUCCGAUUUUUACUCCCUCUCCACACGGAACUCCAUGUACGACUCGAAUACGAACCACCAGACCCCUGCUGCAGUAUAUGGAAUGCACACGGGAUCUGAUGAGUCUGACUACAGCUGGCAAAGUGUUGCACAUCAAGCCCAGUCGUACGCAUACUCCGCUGUUCACGCUCCCACCACCGAACCUCUGCCCUGGUAUCUACAGCAGUGGGCUCAGAGGAACCAAACGCGAUGCUACUCGGACUCGCAAAAUGGGUCAGCGGAAUUUCUGCCUAUUCAGCGUCCCACAACUUACGACGACCGGAUGGAUGCGGAAGAUGAUGGGAAAGAGCUUGUAGGCAUGGGCUUGUACGAUACUCCUGAUCCAACUACUGCUUGGGGAGGCCUUGCAGAGGCAACAGGUCAGGGACUGAAGCUGGAGGAGACAUGGCAACCACCUGAAGACAACGAGGAGGAGGAGGAUGAGGAUGAGGAGGAGGGUGAACAUGACGAGGAAGACGAUGCAAGCUCGGAGGGCAGCAUGGGAGAACCUUCCCCACCGCUACCGGCAGUGACGCAACCAAGCCAACAACUGCAACUGCCAGUCCACGUGAAACCACAAAUGCCUGGUAGCAUGGAGGGUCAGAGCUUCUUCUUCGACGACGAGGAGACCGUGUCUAAAGAGUGGUGGUUCCAUCAGCUGAAGCAGCCCAACAUGCCCGUGCAGGACACGGGCCUUGGGUAUGGCUGGCUUCGUUGA